GUCAGCUCAUGUUCGGUCACAUUUUGCCUCUCCUCAAGCCCGCAACUGGCUGGUAUCUGGGCAACGUCAAGGCAAACAAGUCUGAAUGCCACAGUGGACCUCACAUCAUUACGAGUCAGGUUCAGGCACUCCCUACUAGUUACAGUGGACCGCUUCCCGAGUUCCACCCCCACCUCGCGCUCCAGUUUCCUCGUUCUAAGCCCGUCGCGUGUUGAUUCACGGCGUCAUUUCACUGGGCUGUAUCAAAGUUUUUUUCAUCCGUGGUGGGCCGGCCGCAAAGCUCGCAGCAGCGCAUGGCACCGGCAUCUUGGAUCCCACGGGCAACUUUAAAGUCUGCCAUGGUCACCUGAGGGCAUUGCACAUUCUUCCAUGCCCAUUUUGAGUUGACAGUUUGCUGUUGCUUCGCAGACAAGUCACCCAUUUUUUGCCCAAACUUCCCCACGCACAAUUUCUGCAAUCAUGGCCACUACCGACCAGCUCCCCGCGUCCGAUGUGGAGAGGUAUGACUAUGUAGUCGUAGGCGGAGGCACCGCCGGAUGUGUCGUCGCUGCGCGGCUGGCCGAGUACCUGCCUCAGAAGAGGAUUCUCCUGGUUGAGGCCGGACCGAGUGACUUUAGCGACGACCGCGUGCUGGACUUGCGCAAGUGGCUGAGCCUGUUGGGCGGCGAACUCGACUACGACUACGGCACCACCGAGCAGCCGAUGGGAAACUCACACAUCCGCCACUCGCGGGCCAAGGUCCUCGGAGGUUGCUCAUCGCACAACACGCUGAUCUCCUUCAGGCCUUUUGAGUAUGAUUUUAAGAUCUGGCAAUCGCUGGGCGCAAAGGGCUGGGACUUCAAGACCUUCAUGAAGGCCAUGGACAAGCUGCGCAACACGGUCCAGCCCGUACACGCCAAGCACCGAAACAAGUUGUGCCGAGAUUGGGUUGACUCUUGCAGCUCCGCUCUCGAUAUUCCCGUCGUGGAGGACUUCAACAAGCAAAUCACCAACACCGGCUCGUUGAAGCAAGCCGUCGGUUUCUUCUCAGUCAGCUACAACCCGGACGACGGUCGACGAUCUAGUGCGUCGGUCGCGUACCUCCACCCGAUUCUGCGAGGCGAGGAGAAGCGGCCGAACUUGACCAUCCUCACCAACGCCUGGGUGUCCAAGUUGAACGUGAAGGGAGACGCGGUGACAGGCGUCGACUUGACCUUGAAGGAUGGCUCCAAGCGGACCAUCACGCCCAAGAAGGAGACGGUCCUCUGUGCUGGCGCUGUCGACACGCCCCGCCUGCUGCUUCAUUCGGGUAUUGGACCCAAGGGUCAGCUCUCCUCCCUCGGCAUUCCGGUCGUCCAUGACCUGCCGGGUGUGGGUGAGAACCUGCAGGACCACCCCGAAAGCAUCAUCAUGUGGGAGCUGAAGAAGCCCGUCCCGCAAAACCAGACCACCAUGGAUUCAGACGCGGGUAUCUUCUUGCGCCGGGAGGCCCCCAACGCCGGCGCUAAGAAAUCGGCGGCCAACCCGGACGGCAUCCCCGACGGCGACAUCGCCGACGUCAUGAUGCACUGCUAUCAGAUCCCCUUCACGCUCAACACCUUCCGUCUGGGCUACCCCGACAUCCCUGACGGCUACGCUUUCUGCAUGACGCCCAACAUCCCGCGCCCCCGCUCCCGCGGCCGCCUCUACCUCACCUCGGCGGACCCCAGCGUCAAGCCCGCCCUCGACUUCCGUUACUUCACCGACCCCGAAGGUUACGACGCCGCAACCCUUGUGUACGGCAUGCGCGCCGCGCGCAAGGUCGCUGAACAAGCCCCCUUCAAGGACUGGAUCAAGCGCGAGGUUGCCCCCGGGCCCAAGCUGCAGUCCGACGAGGAGCUGAGCCACUAUGCGCGCAAGGCGGCGCACACGGUGUACCACCCCGUCGGCACGACGCGUAUGGGCGAUGUGAGCGAGGACGAGCUGGCCGUCGUGGAUGAGGUGCUCAAGGUGAAGGGGCUGCAGAAGGUCCGGAUUGCGGACGCGGGUGUUUUCCCGACCAUUCCGACCAUUAAUCCUAUGUUGACGGUGCUGGGCGUUGCGGAGAGGGCGGCGGAGAUGAUUGCUGCGGAUGACAGGGAGACAGCUAAGUUGUAGAUGAUCACGGACGGAAUGAUGGAGUGAAAGAUAGAGGAAGCGUGUAUUAGCAUUUUUGUACAUGUUACUUGGCCAAGUUGGAGACAGACAUUUUGGUCUCGUUUGGCGUAUAGCUAGGGCAUAUCUGGGCCGUUCUUGUUUGCUAGAGACUAGCAUAAGCAUUAUAUCGUUAUGCAUUUUCAAGUUGAGUUGCUGCGGUGAUAUGCUGUCUUUGGGGCCUACUUUGUGGGACUCUGUGGUGGCAGUGUGGGU